CAUUCUGCUGUCCAACCAAAAUAUUUCUCUUCUAUCCAACACAAGUCAUAGGUUACACUGUCACUUACAAAAAAAAAAAAAAAAAAAAAAAAAAAAGUACCCUUGAAUUAUGUAGUACCAUUGAAGGGAUAAUAUUUUUAUUGUCAAACAUAGUUUGAGUAUCAAAUUCUCUCAAAUGCCAGGAACUAUCCAAGUUUCAGUGUUUGAUUUCAAGAAUACAUCAUCUUCAGCACCGUCUUCCUCAAUUUGCUUAUGGGUUUCCAUGGGGAAGAGAGCGUACCAAACGUGGGACAAGGGAGAUUUCUCUUUUCCAUUAACGACAUUUCGUGAAAAUUUGGUUGUUAGACUUCAGGAUGCUGAGGGAAAUGAGAUAUCUCGUACAGAAGUUAAGACCUUAUCAAUAGUUGAGAAGGGUUAUUGGGAUGACUUUUUUCAACUUGAAGGAGGUGAUUAUGUCCAUAUGAAGUUGCAAUUCACUCUAAGUGAAGAUGAGCGCAACCGAAUCCGCAAUGUGAGAGAAUCUGCUUUGAGGAAGAAACUAAAAGUUCCAGCAACAAAUAUUGAAUACAAAGGAACUGCAAUCCCUGUGCGAGCAUCAUCUCUGGCUAUCAGAAAGGAGUUUUCAGAUAGAAGUGAAGCAAACUCAUCUUCACCUGUGAAAGAAGGGGUUGAAAUACAAUAUUCUGAACCUGACAGACCAUCAGCUAAGAAGCUUCAAACUCAGCUAAUACCUGUUUAUGAGCAAGAUGCACAGUCCAUCUUGAAGCUGGACGUAACAGGAAAGAAACAGUCUGUGUCCCGAAAGAAGAUUGCCGAUCCAUCAAACAAUCCUGAGGAUCAAAGUGCGCAAUCUAUGUUAAAGAUGGAUGUUGCUGCAAACAAAGAGUCUGUGUCCCAAAAGAAGAUUGUCGAUCCAUCUAAUAAAUCUGAGGAUCAAAGUGAGCAGUCUUUGUUGAAGAUGGAUGUUGCUGCAAAGAAAGAGUUUGUGUCCCAAGAGAAGAUUGUUGAUCCAUCUAAUAAACCUGAGGAUCAAAGUGUGCAGUCUAUGUUAAAGAUGGACGUUGCUGCAAGGAAAGCGUUUGUGUCCCAAGAGAAGAUUGUUGAUCCAUCUAAUAAACCUGAGGUUCAAAGUGUGCAGUCUAUGUUAAAGAUGGAUGUUGCUGCAAAGAAAGGGUUUGUGUCCCAAGAGAAGAUUGUUGAUCCAUCUAAUAAUCCUGAGGAUCAAAGUGCGCAGUCUAUGUUCAAGAUGGACGUUGCUGCAAGGAAAGCGCUUGUGUCCCAAGAGAAGAUUGAUCCAUCUAAUAAACCUGAGGAUCAAAGUGUGCAGUCUAUGUUAAAGAUGGAUGUUGUUGCAAAGAAAGAGUUUGUGUCCCAAGACAAGAUUGUUGAUCCAUCUAAUAAACCUGAGGAUCAAAGUGCAGAGUCUAUGUUCAAGAUGGAUGUUGCUGAAAAGAAAGAGUUUGUGUCGCAAAAAAAGAUUGUUGAUCCAUCAAACAAACCUGAGGAUCAAAGUGCACAGUCUAUGUUAAAGAUGGAUGUUGCUGCAAAGAAAGAGUUUGUGUCCCAAGAGAAGAUUGUUGAUCCAUCUAAUAAACCUGAGGAUCAAAGUGUGCAGUUCAUGUUAAAGAUGGAUGUUGCUGCAAAGAAAGAGUUUGUAUCACAAAAGAAGAUAGUUGAUCCAUUUAAUAAACCUGAGGAUCAAAGUGCCCAGUCUAUGUUAAAGAUGGAUGUUGCUGCAAAGAAAGAGCCCGUGUCCCAAAUGAAGAUUGUUGAUCCAUCUAAUAAACCUGAGGGUCAGAGUGCUCAGUCAAUGCUGAAGAUGGAUGUUGCUGCAAAUAAUGAGUCCAUAUCCCAAAAGAAGAAUGUUGAUCCAUCUAAUAAGUCUGAGGAUCAAGAUGCUCAGUCUAUGUUGAAGAUGGAUGUUGCUGCCAAGAAAGAGUCUGUUUCCCAAAAGAAAAAUGCUGAGUCAUCUAAUAAACCUGAAGAUCAAGGUGUAUUGGAAAAAACUACUAGCAGUGUCAGGAAAAUGAUAAGUGCGUUUGAAACUGGUCUUACUCAGAAGAAGGGGAGAAGAUCUCUUACAAGAAAUCGAGCAUCAAAAUCCCAACCAAAUUUAGUUGGAAUCGGAGGCUCCCUAAGAGAUCUGGAUCCAGAAGACACUGCAAGGCCUAAUGAGAUGAGUGCACUAAGACUAGAAAGACCUCUUAAUACUGUUGACUUCCCAGAGCCUCAAAUAAAUAUUGGCAAAAGAGGAGAUAGUAGUUUUCCAGCGCAAGCUUUUGUUGGUAUGGAAGAGCCCGUGUUUCAUGAACAGUUGGAGCAUUCAAAUGUACACAUUGUCCAAGUUAAUGAAACAGGCUCAAGUCAGCAGGAGACCUUAAGAUCUGCUAAAAAGGAGUCUACUACUGAAGCUACUUCACCUGUAUAUAGGAUGAGAGGAGAAAGUAGUUCUCAUGAGCAAGAUAUUGUUGGUGCGGGACUGCCCAUGUUCCAUGAACAGUUGAAGCAGCCCAGUAUGCACAUUGCCCCAUUUAAUGAAGCAGGCUCAAGUCAGCAGGAGACCUUCGGAUCUGCUACAAAGGAGUCAAAUACUGUAGCUGCUUCACCUGUAGGUUUGAUGAGAUUAUCCAACUUACAAACAGUUACUAGUUCCCAAACAACUAAUGUGGCUCAUCCAGAUAUGCUGAAAGCUAAUGAUUUAGCUGCUGAUCAAGAUCGUUUAAAUGGUCCUUCAGUUGCCGAGAAACGAAACAGAGAAGUUAGAUCAGAGACUUUACCAGAAGUACAUUUUGAAAGGGCUUCAAAUGUGAAACCAAAAUUAGUAGCUUUCUGCGAAAAUGAGCUUUAUGACUCAGAAAAUUCUGGUGCAUGGAUAUUUCCAGCUAACAAAAAGCGCCAAUGUAUCAAAACUGCUGGCGAAAACAUAGUGCAUUUAUCAGAAGAUUUCAGCAUUGGAGUAGAUGAUCAUCAAAGCAAUGAGAGACCUUCUAUGCAAGAAAUUACAGGGAAGCAUGGUUUUUUUCAUAUUAUUGACUCCAUGACAAAGAAAGGAAGAGAGAAGCCACAAAAGCCAAGAAAUCAGUCUGAGAGCUCUGGAGAAAAUGGCUCUUCUGGACCUGUUAGACAGGUGAUAAAAAUUGCACUGAUUGUAGGGUUUGGUAUAUUAGUUCUCCUCACUAGACAAAGAGACACCAGGAGAAAUGACAGAAAAUCAAAGGAGUUUUACAACACCAGUCCAGAUUUUAUGGAUCAUUUGGCAUCUUCAGAAGAACAAUGGAGUCUAACGGUAGAAGGAGAUUGAUUCAUUGCCUUCUCCCAAGGCAUAGCUACCUUUCGGGUGUCCUGUUGGCUUUACAAAGGAUAUAUCUGAUUGAAUUGCUCCUUUGCUAAUAGUAAUGAUCUUGCAUUUGGAAAUAAUGGUCUUUCACUCCGUGACGAUGGUCUAAACAUGUAUUUUUCCCAACUUUAGCAUAUCAUUCUAAAUAUUCUUUAUCUGUACAUGUAAGACAAGCAGCCAUUUUGGUUUAUAAUGAAUUCAUUAAAUCUUUUCUGUAAA